GAAAUUUGUAUGUUUGAUAAUUCAAAACUAUUAACAAAGGAAGGCGUUAUAAAUAUAUGCAAAAAAUAUGGUAUAAUUAAAAAGGUUACCCUUCAUAAAAACAUACAAGAAAAUCAUGCAUUUAUUGAGUUUGAAGAUGAAGCUGCCAUAUAUAAACUUUUAAGUGAAAAAUCAGAUUUUCCAUCUUUUUUAAAAGUCGAAAUCUCUAAUCGAACUCAAAAAAUCAUUAAUUCAAUUUCUGAAAAUGAAAAUCAUGAAGGUAUUGAAAAUAAAAAAAUAGAAACAGUUAAUUCAACAGCAAAAUCAAUUAAUAGUGAUAAUUUUAAAAUUGAAUCAAAUAUUAGGCAGUCGAUUUAUUUCGGACCCAAUAUUUCAGGAAGUAGUUUAAUAGAAGAAUCAAAUCAACUUAAAUUCAAAAGUCAAACCAAGCUCUAUAAUCUUGAUAAUGAUGAUCUUUUUGGAAGGCCCAUGAAUACUAAAUGGGAGAAAAUAGAAAAGCCUUUUUUUGAACUAAACAAUCAAGAUUUUUAUUAUCGAUUUGAAAAUUGUACUGGUGGUCAAAUUAAAAUUGAAAAAAUGUUAGGUCCAAAGAUUUUUACUGGUUGGACUACAUUUUUCAAUGAUGGUGAAAAUGUACAAGAUACAUUAAAAAAUAUAAGUAAUGAUAUUGAACUUUCAGAAUCAUUGAAAAUAUAUAAUUUGAAAAACGGAAUGUUAGUGGGUGCAUUUGAUAAUGUUACAAAUUUGUAUGGUCGUGGAUAUGUAACAUUAGUAGCUGGUAAUACCGUAAAUGUGACUAUGUGUGAUUUUGGUAAAAUAAUUAAUACUAAUCUAAUUCGAGUUCUACCUGAAAAAUACUCUAAAAUACCAGCUUAUUCAUUUAAAAUAUAUUCAAAAGACAAUUUUCUAUUACUAAAAGACAAACCUUAUGUUUUUAAAGUACGAAGUGCAUCUUCUGAAAGAAUUGUUCUAAUUUUGUUUGAUGAAAAAAAAGAAAUUAAAGUACAAUUAAAAAAAUGGCAAGCAACUGUAGAAGAAUUUGGUGUACCAUAUAUUGAUUUUAAAAGCGGUAGCUUUGUAGAGUUAUUAAAAUUAAAAGAUAUGAAUUCUGUAUACAUAAGAUCGAAACAGAAAUAUCAAUUAGAAUUGAUUUUUUCGUUUUGGAACUCAAUAGCUGCAUAUUGCUAUAAAAACUCUCAUCCGCUAAAUAGAGAACCAGUCUAUGGAGAAAUUGUUGGAUUUAAGUCUACUUUAAAUAAUAACUAUGUCAGAGGUAGAAUUCAUAAAUAUUUAGGUAAUAAUAUUUAUUCUGUGAAACAUAUGGAUAAUCCUUAUAAAGAAAAUAUCAAGUUAUCUGAAAUGAUAGAAUUGCAAUUUGAACAUAAAAGUUUGCCUGUAUGUUUUUUAAAAGUAAAAUUGAAAAAUGCAUUACAAUAUCCAAUCCAAUUUGAAGCUGAAAAAUUUAUUAAACAUGUUAUCGGUAUUCGUCUUUCCGUGAACUUUGAUGAAACAAAAAUAGAUGGAUGGAAACAUGUAGAUUUAAAUAUAACAAUUGUAAGAGAAAACCUAAAUGCUAUACUUUUAAGUUUAGCUGAACCUUCAUGGUUUGAUGAUGAACCUAAGGAUCUAUUGGAAGCAUCAAGUAAUUACUGUAAGGAUAUUCAUGUAAAACAUAACAAAUUGGUCGAAAAAUCUAUUGUCAACAUGAAAUUUGUUAUGUAUCAUGAAGGAAUAUUUUACAUGAGAGAUAAGUUGUUUGGGAAAUCGUUUUCAUUGUUAUCUAGUAUGAUUAAAGAAUAUUGUAGUUUAAGCUUAAAUCCAUAUUUACCACACAAUGGGGAAGUAUGUCUUGGCCAAUUUCCAGAUGGUAUGUGGUACAGAAUUAAAUGUGAAAAUGUUAAAGCUGGUGAAUUGGCAGAAGUAUAUUCCAUAGACUUAGGAAUCGUUGCCUUCUUAAGUUUUAGACAUAUCAAAAAACUACCUGCAGAGUUAUUAUUUCAUCCAAGCCAUGUUUUUCGAUGUAUUUUAGAUAGCACUAAACCAAUACAAACAAAUAAAUUACAAUUAUUGCAAAAGUACGAAAAUACUGAUUGUGAAUUUACUGUUGUGAAAAAUUUAGAUGAUGAAGAUUAUUAUUCAAUCAGUUGUUCAUUUUUAGAAGAUAUUCUGAUUCCUGACUGAAUUUUUAGAUAUUAAA